AUGUCAAUUUCUAAAUUAUCUGUUGUCGGUGAACAUAUAAAACGCAAUGAAGAAGAGUGUACACGCUUAACCUUGCAAAGGGUUUUCAACACCUCGUUAUUGCUAAAAAAUCCGCCUUAUAGACACGAAAUUGCUAAUCACUAUCGCGAUUUAAAAUAUAACCCGCACAUACGUCGUCGACGACGCAAAGUAUUCGUACGAAAUCGUAAUCCCGCCGCUGUGGGUGUCUUUACUGAAUUUCGACAGCUGUUACCUUUAGCUGUGCAACAUUUUCCAAGAUUUGCCAUAACAUACACGCCACGUGGACGACGAACUUUAUGCGAAAACGCCCCUCCCGAUGAGACAUUUAAUGACACUGUGCGUCGUAUAAGAGCAGCGAGCGGUUGUGAAGAACUGAAAGCACUUGUGCAACGCCAGCUUGAGUUUAGAACAUCCACAACUCAAAGGCACAACAAAUACAAUAAAUAUGGACAAAAAGUGUAUGAGAAGCCUGUGAAAUGGCGAUUUAACUAUAGCAGAAACAACUAUAAUCACAACAACAAAGGUCAUUGUGAAAAGCUUCAUUGGAAUGCUCAAAUACACAACAAUAAGAAGCAACAAUUAUAUGUCGCCAACAAAUUCAAUGACAGCAACAGCAACAGCAAAAGCAACGGCAACGACAACACAAACAAAAUUAACAACAAAAAGCGCAAUAACAACGAUCUAAAUUAUUAUUUGGAACUGGCAAGUGAAUUAUACCAGAAAGGGUUUUUAUAUAAUAUCAAAUAUUUGGAAUCGAUAGGCAAGCGUAAUAAUAAUUCGUUAAGACAUCGUACCAAAGAUAUAUUAGACGGGGCACAUACGUCAUCAACUACGAGAACAAUUCCAACAUUUAACAACAUUUGCAUAAAAACAACAGAGACUUGUGAAAGGCCAACGAAACAAGAUUAUCUGUACAAUUGUGCCAAUUUAGUGGAAAUUCUUGAGCGCGCUGAAACUAAGCAAGACACCACAGAACUUGCCUUUAGUGAAAAUGAAAUAAUAAAUAAACCUAAAGUCAAAAAGCUUGUAAAUAGAACACAGUUCAAAGAGUGGCCAAUUCGUGUGGAUAUUACUCCAGCAACAAGUACAUCAAAUUGCCAAAAAACAAAAACAAAAACAAACCAUAUUACUCCCUCACCCAAUCAAGAAACUUUUACUACCACAACUGAGAGCGGAGACAUUACAGUAAAUCAUCACAGCAGUGAUUGGAUUAUGAACGGUUUUCUGAAUGCCAAUUCUCAACAUUUCUCAAAAAUAUAUUCAUCCAACAUAAAUCAAACGAGUAGCAAGGUGUUAAAUUUAAUAACAGAUAUUACAGAUACGCGCGAUUUUCAUGAUUUCAUCGAUCAUUUCUCAGGCCUAGAUAUUACCGAUAAAAAUACAAACGUACCUAAAAUAAUAUUAACAGAUUGUUCCUCAAUACCGAGCGCAGGCGUCUCAUCGAAUUUGGAACUAGAAUCUAAUUAUAUAAAUUGCACGCCUAAUACAUAUAAUACGAAGUCAUUUUGUCUUAAAGAAGCGUCAUUUAACCAGAAUUUGUGUUUACCGAAUGAACUAUUGAACAGUUUCCACAGUGAAGCAAGACCACCGUAGUAUAACAAAAACAUAUAAUUUCACUGCGAAAAAAUUUUUACAUAUUAUAUUACUAUUUAUUUUCUGUUUAUAUAUAA